AUGUCAAAUCAUAUGUUGGGUGCACCUCCACGCCCCACCAAUGGCGACACUCACAUUCCGAAUGAAAACCUUCCCCCAUCAUCGAUAGAUAUGAAGCCUAUGACCGUGAACCGCAAGAAACAGAAACGCCGCCAGAAGCAGGCCGCUCGUUUGGCCGCAGAGCGCCAGGUAGAAAACGGAGUCGUACUCCCGGAUGCCGCAGACCGAAACGGCCUCGGUCCCGCUGGGCCAGGAAGUCACAUAUCCGAUGAACCGGAGAUCGACCACUCUGUGAAUGGAGACGCGUAUCACGAUGAUGAACUAGACGCUUGCAGCGCGCAUCAAGAUUUCCAGCCGGACACGAAUGGCCCCGAUGAUCAGAAAUCGACGAGUCGAAAAUCGAAAAAGAAGAAAGGAAAGAAAAACCGUGCGAACUCGCAAACUCUUGGUGAUGAAAGUCCUACUCUACAAUCCACCCCCUCCGUCUGCAUGACACACCCUCUUCCGCCGCCUCUCCCGCCGCAUCUGGGCCCGCGCACGAUGGUCAAACCGUCCAAAGAUCGCAGCAUAUGGAAUACCUCCACGCAAGAAGAACGCGAGAAUAUCAAAACAUUCUGGCUCGAAUUAGGCGAGGAGGAACGAAGGCAGCUGGUCAAAGUGGAAAAGGAUGCGGUAUUAAAGAAGAUGAAGGAGCAGCAGAAACACUCGUGCAGCUGCACCGUAUGUGGAAGGAAGAGAACGGCGAUUGAAGAAGAGCUUGAGGUGCUGUACGAUGCCUACUAUGAAGAGCUGGAACAAUACGCCAACAAUAAUCAAGGAUCUUUCGAGAAAGGCGCACCGAUUGUCCCCCCACCCCGACUCUAUCAACCACCGUUGCGAUCGCCCGGACAACAUACUCGGACACAUGGUCAAUAUCACCCCUCACGAGGUCGCAUUCACGAAUUGCCUGAAGAUGAUGAAGAUUUGGAAGAAGACUACGAUGAGGAUGAUGAGGACGAUGAACCGUACAGUGAUGAUGAUUUCGAAGACGAAGAAACGCGUGCAGCUCGCGCAGAUUUCUUUGCCUUUGGGAACAGUUUAACUGUCAAAG